UAUAUAUAUAUAUCCUCUGAGACGAAAAAAUCAGAUUCAGUUUUUGUUUGAGAUUGAGAGGAGAUUGGAGAAAAAGGGAAAAGAUGAUGAUGAUGAUGGGUGGCGAAGACGAUGAGGAGGAGCAUCAGAGGUCAGUGUUAGAACAAGUCUUCGGACCCUCAAUCUCCGACGAAGACAACGACUGCGACGGUAGAUCCGAUUCCGAUUCAGAUAUGGCGGAGCAGUAUCAGAGGACAGUGUUAGAACAAGUGUUCGGCCACUCAUCCUCCGACGAAGAAGAAGACGACGACGGUAGAUCUGAUUUCGAAUCCGAAUCCGAUAAUUGGGAAAGUAUCGAAGAAGUGAAAGGGUUAUGGAUAUUAAGAAACUUCCUAUCAAUUCAUCAACAAACUCGUUUACUCUCAUCAAUUGAAUCGGAGCAAUGGUUCACACAACCUUCAAUCAAUCAAGCAAUGCGUUUCGGUUAUCAAAACCUACCUCAUUGGGCUAUCAAACUCUCUCAUUCAAUUCAUCGUUCUUGUUAUUCGUCUUCUUCCCUUUUUCCACCAAAUCUGUUGCAGAGGGAACCGUUGUUUGAUCAAAUGAUAACAAACUUCUACCAACCAGGUGAAGGCAUAGCUCCUCAUGUUGAUCUCUUGCGGUUUGAAGAUGCCAUUGCUAUUGUCUCUUUGGAAUCAUCUUGUGUCAUGAAUUUCACUUCCGAGUCACAAUCUGUUCCUGUUUUGCUUACUCCUGGUUCAUUGGUUUUCAUGUUUGGAGAUGCUAGGUAUAAUUGGAAACAUGAGAUUAAUAGGAAACCUGGGUUUCAAUCAUGGCAGGGAGAAUUGUUGAAUCAAACCACACGUACCUCUGUUACCCUUAGAAAACUCUGUUCCUCUGCUGCCCCAAUCUAAAAAUCAACCUUUUUUUUUCUUUUCACUAGUCUCUUUGUUCAACCAAAAUCUCAAAUUUCAAUCAAAUUAGUUUAUUGGAUAUGUACUUUUGGACAAAUCAAGAGUUUUUGUGUCAUCAAGAUGUGUAAUUUUGGACUCAUGAAUAAAGUUACACCCUUUGAGAUAAA